UAAAUACCUAUUUGCCUCUAAUAAAAAAUAAAAAGUAAAAAAUAUCCAAGAGUAUGUAUCACUAUUUACUAUAAUAAUUAUGUGAAAAAAAGAAAAGAAAACUCUUUUCCUCAGAAAACACAUUACAUCCAUUAGAUAGGUUUGGUGAGUUAGAAUUAGAAGACAACAAAACAAAACAAAAAUUUUAAAAGGAAUAUAAAUUCACCUCCCAAAUUAAUAAAACUAGAAAAGAAAAAAAAAAAAAAAAAAGAAGACCUGAAGCCAUAGAAAAAGAAAAUGAUGGGACCCAGCAACAACAAGAGCUACAGUAAACCAAAUAGAAAAGCAACAAAACGUCGCUGUACAUACUUUCCGCGCCAAAUUCCUUCCUUUUAUAUAUAUACUUGACAAUUACACAUCGUUACACUCUGGUCAUAUUUUCUCAUUUCUUCUUUCGAAUCCUUUUUGUUUUUUUUCUUUAAAUCUUCUUUUUAUUUUCUGUUUCCUCUGUAUUAAUUAAUCAAGUAAUGGCGAUCGAGGUUCCGUUCGGUGAAUUAAACCCUAGAACCUGCACUGUUGUUGGAGGGCGAGGUUUUAUAGGAAGAUCUCUUGUUUUUAACCUUCUUAAACUCGGUAAUUGGAUCGUUCGAGUCGUUGAUUCCGCUCAGUCUUUGCAACUCGACCUUACUGACUCACUUGACUCCUCUCUUAACGACGCUAUCUCCUCCGGCCGCGCUUCUUAUCACUAUAUCGACGUUAUUGACAUUUCCGUUAUCGCUAAAGCUAUUGAAGGUUCAUCUGUUGUGUUUUAUAUGGAAGCUACCGAUUUAUGGACUCAUGAUUUCUAUUACUGCUACAGAAAUGUAGUUCAAGGUGCUAAAAACGUCAUCGAUGCUUGUCGACAGUGUAAAGUUCGAAAGCUGAUAUAUAACAGUUCUGCUGAUGUCAUUUUUGAUGGUUCACAUGAUAUAUGCAACGGAGAUGAGUCCUUACCCUGCCAUUGGAGAUUUGAGGACAUGCUAAAUGACCUUAAGGCUCAUGCAGAAGCAUUAGUCCUGUUUGCUAACAAUAUUGACGGCCUUUUGACAUGUGCACUUCGUCCUAGCAAUGUCUUUGGACCUGGAGAUACACAACUCCUGCCAUUCUUGAUAAGUUUAGCAAAAUCUGGCUGUGCAAAGUUUAUUAUAGGAAGUGGUGAAAACAUGUCCGACUUUACCUAUGUUGAGAAUGUUGCUCAUGCCCACAUCUGUGCAGCAGAAGCCUUAGAUUCUCAGAUGGUCUGUGUUGCUGGAAAGGCAUUCUUCAUCACUAAUCUCGAGCCCAUGAAGUUCUGGGAAUUUGCAUCAUUAAUAGUAGAAGCCUUGUCUUAUCAAAGACCUUUGAUAAAACUUCCAGCCCAGAUGGUGUGGUAUGUCCUUUUGUUUAUCAAAUGGAUGCACGAAAAGCUGGGCUUCAGUAAAUAUAAUCAUUCUAUGUCAGCUUAUUUCUUUCGUUUAGCUUCACACACGAGGACUUUUAACUGCAUUGCAGCUCAAAAAUACAUUGGAUACUCACCAGUUGUCUCUCUGGAUGAUGGCAUUGCAUUAACCAUUGAAGCUUACUCAAAUUUGGUUAAGGACACAUCUUUCAUGAGAUGUCCUAAUUUUGAAGAAGAAUCAAAGGUUGAUAAGCUACUAGGUGGUGGGAAAGUUGCGGACAUAUUGCUCUGGAGAGAUGAGAAGAAAACAUUCACAUAUUUCCUCAUAUUUGCGGUCCUGUUUUACUGGUUUUUACUUUCUGGAAGAACUUUUACAUCAUCUGCUGCCAGACUCCUGCUGUUAAGCGUCACCGUUCUGUAUGGAUAUGGCUUUCUACCACUAAAGAUAUCCGGCUUUACCAUUCAGAGGAUAUCUUUGUCUUGGUUUGAAAUUUCAGAAACAAUGGUGAAAGAUUCAGUGACAUCCAUAGCCUCUCUGUGGAAUAGAGGGGUUCAUAAUAUACGAUUAUUGGUCCAAGGGAAGGAUUCCAAUAGAUUCUUGAAGGUUCUGUUCGUUCUCUAUUCUAUCAAGUUGAUUCUGUUGCAAUCAUUUACUGUGGUGGCUGGUAUAACACUGGUCUUUGCUUUUACGGCCUUCUUUGUUUAUGAGCAAUAUGAAGCAGAAGUUGAUGGAUUGAUGAAGCUUCUGCUCAGUGGAAUAGAGGAAUCAAAGAGGUUAUUGAUGAGGAAACUUCCUGCUCCAGUGGCAUCAUUUCUACAAAACAAAGGAAUGCUGAACAAAGAGGAUUGACCUGUUAUGUGGAACGAGAAAAAGGUAGCUUGUAGCAGAAUUGGAAGGAUUUGAAGCCUUUUUUCCCAAGGUCAAUUACGAAACCUCAUAUACGAUCAGUUAGCACGAUUAGCCUUGCCAGAAUAUGUAGAGAGAUGUUCCCCAAGAAAAAGAAAGAGAUGGGGUAUGUUAGUAUAACACAACUUUCUUCCUUUUCUUUAUUUUUCGUUAAUUCUUUUUCCUUCUUUUGUAACACUGAUUGCUAAUAUCUGAAACAAUAGGGUUAGCUCGUAGAUCGCAGGUGCCGAUUAACACAGAGCAGAGUAUCUUAGACAAAGUGUCAAAAUAUAAACUAGCUAGCCUACAAUAGGAUAAAACUCAUUCACUAACUCUGAUUUUGAAUUACUGCAACUUGAUACGUUCUCUAACAAUUGUUGCCUGAUUUAGGCUAGUGUAGCUCAAUUUGCACCUGCCAUACUUCCUUUUUCU